AUGGCAGCCACCACGGGCUCGGGAGUAAAAGUCCCUCGCAAUUUCCGACUGUUGGAAGAACUCGAAGAAGGCCAGAAAGGAGUAGGAGAUGGCACAGUUAGCUGGGGUCUAGAAGACGAUGAAGACAUGACACUUACAAGAUGGACAGGGAUGAUAAUUGGGCCUCCAAGAACAAUUUAUGAAAAUCGAAUAUACAGCCUUAAAAUAGAAUGUGGACCUAAAUACCCAGAAGCACCCCCCUUUGUAAGAUUUGUAACAAAAAUUAAUAUGAAUGGAGUAAAUAGUUCUAAUGGAGUGGUGGACCCAAGAGCCAUAUCAGUGCUAGCAAAAUGGCAGAAUUCAUACAGCAUCAAAGUUGUCCUGCAAGAGCUUCAGCGCCUAAUGAUGUCUAAAGAAAAUAUGAAACUCCCUCAGCAGCCCGAAGGACAGUUACAGCAACUAAUCAAAAAAAAAAAAAAAAAAAGCCACAGGCCCUUCCCCUUCCCCCCCAUUCGAUUUAAUCAGUCUUCAUUUUCCACAGUAGUAAAUUUUCUAGAUACGUCUUGUAGACCUCAAAGUACUGGAAAGGAAGCUCCCAUUCAAAGGAAAUUUAUCUUAAGAUACUGUAAAUGA